CCACUAAUUAAGAUCUCUGACAACGAUCAUGACUUAGAUCACCAGUUGACACAAAUAGACUACAAGUAUAUAUGUAGUAGCGUACUAGCUAGCUAUCUCCUCACAUAGUACAUUGCAUGGUGACCACUGAUGACUGAUGACUGACUAACAGAACAUUAAUUUGUUAUGAAAAGCCUGAACAUUACCACACCACUAAUUAUACAGUAGACUCUCGCUAUUCUGGUUCUCUGAAUACGGUCACCUCGAUAUCCGGUCAUUUCGUUCGGUACAGAUUGCUAGCUUGCACAAAACUCGCCCUGAAGUGCGGCCACUCGCUAUUCCGUAUCUGGUCAGUUCUGGCUGCCCAAAACUAUAGGUUUUAUACAUGUAUAACGGCCGUUUUGGGUAUAUAGUUUGGCAAAAUUGAUUGCACUUAAAUAGAGAGCAUAAUGUUCAUUAUCCUCGAGAUAGAACUGCAAAAUUAGUCAUUAGGGUCGCUUUUUAGCUGCAGCUAUUUUCUAAAAUGCAGUCACCUCGCUAUUCCAGCCAAUUAAUUAAGCUGCACUGUUCCAAGGGUGACCAGAUUAACGAGAGUCUACUGUAUACCACCAUGACCGUAUUGAAGUGUCUGAAGAUUUAGCACUCCAAUUUAGCAUUUAGCUUCUCAUGUAUAUACGUAUGACACCAGUUUUGUAAUUAAACUUACUGUUAGCCUCGAUUCCAGGCCGUUCUCAAUUGAGAGGGGCUGGGAUUGAGGCUAACUUACUGUGUACAUUGAUGAUCACUGAUUGCUUUCUACUCACAGCCGAGAAGCGGCAUUAUAAUUGAUAGCUCUAAGGAUAUCGAGAUCCUCGCUAGGGCAUUAAAAUGACAAAGAGACCAGCCCUGAUUGCAGUUUCUCACCAAAUAAUAGUUAAACUGUAAGAGUCAGUCUAAAACGUUAAUUGUGGCCGGUUGUGUGUGUGUGUGUGUGUGUCUUCUUGAUACAUGUAGGUAUAGUGUAACUUAAACAUUUCGUGUCUUUUUGAAUGUUUAUUUUUCUAUUGAUAUACAUGUCAGUAGCCCUUCAGCAUCACAUCUUGUAAAUCAAACCUAACGCAUUUUUAUCUAGAAAGCCCAUAAUGUACAUUUGUAGCUACAUGUAAUGUCUGUAUUGAUGAUUUUGUCAACUGAAAGGGUUGUACAGAACUGUUUAUGAGGGUACUCCCCCUGUAAAACAAACAAAAGUGUAUUAAUUGGGUAAAGAUCGAAUCAGCCUCAGCACAUGCACAUGGAAUAGAAACUGUACAGUACAGAGUGUCUAGUAUAGUAGCUAGCCAUGUCUACUACUCUGAUCCAAGUGACCAAUGUGUCGCCCUCUGCUGGCCUCCAACAAAUGAGGGAGCUGUUCAGUUACUUUGGAGAUAUUGAGGAACUGAGGCUCUUCCCUGAGGAGGAGUUUGCUGCUCUGAGUGUCCCCUCCAAGGUGUGCUUCAUCAACUUCAUGGAGGAAGACAGUGCAGCUGCUUGUCUCCACCUUAGCAACACUGUGCUCAUAGACAGAGCUCUCAUCAUAGCACGAUCAAGACAUGCUGAGAUUCCUGAUGGUUCUGCUGCGAUGUUCCUGGCAGCCCCGGCCAUUGCCCUGGCCAACAGCGCUAGCAAACCAAUGGGUCACACUGCACCUCUCCUCCCGACACCUCCCUCUAUGGGGGCACCAGCACCCACUGGACCAGCCUCCAUGGCUAUGGGAGCUGCUAUGAACCCUGCAGCUCUCACUGCCCCCCUCAUAUCCAUGAUGGGCACGGUGGUCCCCCAACCUCCCCCUCUCACUGGUAACGUAGACCCCACCAAGAUCGAAGAGAUACGACGCACCAUCUACGUCGGCAACCUGGCUAGCAACAUGACGGCUGAACAGGUGCUCACUUUCUUCCAGCCUUGUGGUGAGAUCAAAUACGUGAGGAUGGCCGGAGACGAGACCCAACCCACCAGGUUUGCGUUUGUUGAGUUUGCAAUACCUGAGUCUGUGCCCAUAGCCCUUCAAUACAACGGAGCCAUGUUUGGAGAGCGUCCAAUCAAAGUGAACCACAGCAAGAAUGCCAUAGUGAAGCCUCAGGGCCCCACUGCCCAGGAGACCAAGAGGGACGUGGACGAGGCCAUGAAGAGGGUCAAAGAGGCAAUGAUGGCCAUUGAGGCCAGUGUCGUGGUGCCAGAGGUAGAAGUACCUGUAGUUGCCAUCAGGAGGCCACCAAGGUCACGAUCAAGGUCUCGUGACAAGCGUCGACGAUCCAGGUCCCGUUCCCGUGACAAGAGGCGUCGCUCAACGUCACGCUCCAGAGACCGAUAUCGUAGGAGGUCCCGUUCCAGAUCCUCAGUCCGUGCACGAAGAAGGACACGUUCCAGGACUCCACCACGCAUAAGGUCACGUUCUAGAACCCCACCACGUAUAAGGAUACGCUCUAGAACUCCACCACGUAAAAGAACCCGUUCCAGAACCCCACCACGGAGAAGGUCACGUUCCAGAUCACCAAGAAGACGUUCUCGUUCCAGAUCACCACGAAGACGUUCUCGUUCCAGAUCACCAAGAAGACGUUCUCAUUCCAGAUCUCCAGUACGUAGACGGUCACGCUCCAGAACCCCACCACGUCGAGGCAGGUAUCAUCGCUCGAGGUCUCGUUCACGCUCACCCCCUCGUAGGCGCAGGGAUAGUAGAAAGUCAAAGUCGAGGUCACCACGGAGACAAGAGCGGAGGAGGGAGGAGUUAUCCGAGCGUCGUGAGAAGUCAGUCUCUCCCAGCCCUGAGAAGUCACCGCCUCCUAAGAAAUCGAAGAGCAAGAAGCAUCGUCACAAGAGCCACAGCCGCAGCCCAUCCCCCCAGAACAGCCCUAAUGAGAGAUCAUCUUCUAGACGCAAGAAACACUCCAAGAAACAUCGCCGCCAUCAUCACAAGUCUCGCACUCCCUCACCCGUAGAGGAUGUUGGGAAUAGGCGUGACCGUGAGGACUCAGGGGGUUCCCCUAAGACUAGUGGGCGUGGCAGUUCCGAGGGGGAGGGGAGUCCAGUGGUAGAGAAGGUGAAGAACGAAGAUCCAGACACAGACUCUAGUUAUGACUGAACUUGUGUUGAAAUUUGAACACUUUAAUUGCUUGAUUAGUACAUGUACACGCACACACCCAAUCCACUUUUGUUAAUGAGUUGAUUUCAAUCAU